UUUGUGUCUUUAAAAGGGGGCGGUACCCUGUCAAAUGACCCCUAAAGCAUAGGCUGAAGGCACGUGAGGUCCCGCCCACUUUCUGUGACGUCUUGCGUCCCGGCUUCUGAUUGCCCGCUUCGGACGUCAAUGGCGGGGCGUGAGUCUUGCUGGGACACAGUGGCGGUCUAGCCUCUGGUUUGCGGAGCGGUCGGGUGUCUUCUCUGCACACCCCCACGCCCUCGAGGCCCCCGCCGCCCGACCCAACGGCGAAGCGGGCCGGUGCCUCCCGCGGCGCCCUCCCGCACCGGAUCGCUCCUCGCUGGUGGGAGACCUGGCCCGGCGGCUCCGGUCACUAUGAGUGAAACAUCUUUCAGCCUAAUAUCAGAAAAAUGUGACAUUCUAUCAAUUCUUCGGGACCAUCCUGAGAACAGGAUUUACCAGCGUAAAAUCCAGGAACUCAGCAAAAGGUUCACCGCGAUCCGCAAGACCAAAGGGGAUGGGAACUGCUUCUACCGGGCCUUGGGCUAUUCCUACCUGGAGUCUCUGCUAGGAAAGAGCAGAGAGAUUCUCAGGUUCAAGGAACGUGUACUGCAGACCCCAAAUGACCUUCUGGCUGCUGGCUUUGAGGAGCACAAGUUCCGAAACUUCUUUAACGCUUUUUACAGUGUGGUUGAGCUGGUUGAGAAAGACGGCUCAGUGUCCAGUCUGCUCAAAGUGUUCAACGACCAGAGCUCCUCAGACCGAAUCGUGCAGUUCUUGCGCCUGCUCACCUCAGCCUUCAUCAAAAACCGAGGAGACUUCUUCCGACACUUCAUUGAUGAGGAGAUGGACAUCAAAGACUUCUGUGCUCAUGAAGUGGAGCCAAUGGCCAUGGAAUGUGACCACAUCCAGAUCACCGCCCUGUCUCAGGCACUCAACAUCGCCCUGCAGGUGGAGUAUGUGGACGAGAUGGACACCGCCCUGAACCACCACGUCUUCCCCGAGGCUGCCAACCCUUCCGUUUACCUGCUCUAUAAAACAUCCCACUACAACAUUCUUUAUGCAGCUGAUAAACGCUGAUUAAUUUUAGCCCAUACAGUGAAGCCUGUCACCUAACGGGACUGAAUUCUGAAUGGAACAUUCCGGCUUUUCAAUUUUUUUAAGCAAUUUAAACUGUAGCUAGAAAACAUAUAGCCUUUUGGGCAGCCUCCACUGGGAAUGAGGCCUACCCAUUAUGGAUCAUGUUAACUUGGUGAUAUUUUUACUAUUUAUUUUGAUGAAGGAUCAAAUGCUUUCUAACUCUGGGCUAGGAAGCCAGGAGACCUGGCUUAGCUCCUCAGUUCCUUGUGAGAACAUGGGGAGGUCACCUGCCCUCAUUGGGCCUCCUGUUUCUUCACUUGGAGGUUGUUCCUACCAGUGUUGACAUUCUCUUGUAUGAAAACGUGGACCUGUGUGGUUUCUCUACAUCAGGGGACAGUGCCUCUCUAAGAGGGGAGGAAAAGCUCCAGGUCACACUGUCUUGUUUCAAGUGACUUAGGAGAUCUAUAAAAAAGAAUCAAGUCCAAUCAGCUGUUGGACUGGACUUGUAUGGACAGCUGACAGAAGCACUGGCCUGCUGAGGCUGACUUCAAUGUUAAAAAUUCAUUGUGAAAGUCAAAACUUCAUGAUGGGAGUAAAUUUCCCCACUCCCAAUUUAAGUGGAGGAGGUGGGAAAGUUUUUGUGCCAAAGUCUAGGAAGGGGCCUCUGGCCUUCAGCAGGAAGCGCAUGUUGCUGGCAGCACCAGCAGGAGGGGUCCUCUCUACCCCUCUCAGGGCCAGGUCUGCCUGACUUUUGGAGGGCUGGCCCUUCAGAGUCCUGCUGCCAGCCCCACCUGGACAGAGGCUUGGCAGAGAGUGGGGUCUGGUCUGAAAUCCACAUACUUCUAUCUGGACCAGGGAGCUGCAGUUGUCCCAUCAUCUCCAGAAAUCCGAGGAACAGGGUGCCAAGAAUCAGAUGGGUAGAAACAUGGGCACAAGUAGCCAUGGUCUCCAGCUGAGCAGAGCAGACAUUUUUUAAGGCUAUUGUUUGCUUUCCACCCCUUUUCCUGGAAGCUUUUGCUCUAUUUAUGGGCUGGCAAGAGCUCCGGUUGGAAAGAGCCAGAGACAAGCAGGGGAAGCUGGCAGGUGGCAGGAGACUUCCCAUUGGUAGCCAACUGUCCUGACCAUCAAUCUCUGUAGUCAUCCACUGUACAUGCCUCCUUAACCUUCUCACCUUGCUGCCAGGACCUCCAAGAGACCUACUGCUGGGCUGGCGGCAAGGGAGACACCAGUGGGGGGAAUCAAGCACUGGCUAGGCUGAGGUGCUGCUACAACCUCUCAUCCUCUGUGGGAGGAAAUGGAGAAUGCAGGGAUAUGGAAUUGCCCUCUGGGGUACUUCCCCAAUCUAAGGCCUUCCUCUCACAGGUUUCUUCGGCAGGGAUUUAUUAGAACCUAUUGGUGCUGCUGCUUGAAUCUGCUAACAACCAGACUGUAUAAAGGAAGAUUGGUUUAGCAGACCCAUCAGAAUCCUGUUUACACAAAUGUAAGAUUUUUAUUGCUGUUCUGCCUUCUUGAAAAACCAACAGCACUCAGAGAUAGAUGUCAGAGUGCUUUAAUUCCAGGCAGGGCCAGGUUCUCCUACUGUCCUAAGGUGGAAGUUGGACCCAAGGGUUCAAGCCAAGUGAUUUUGUCACGUUUCCACAGGCAUGUCAACCUGACCCCGAUCUCUUCAUUUGCUCAUUGUUCCACACUGUUUCGAGUAGGAGUGUUGGGGUCUAUCACCAUUAACAAUUACGCUGGGACAGUUGAAGAACACAUGUGAUUUGUGAAUAUCAUCGUCUUUGGCAAGUCUCCAAGGACUCCCUAUUUCCAAACUGAAAGGUGGGACACAUGGAGAUCCCAACUGAACACCACAGGCUGUUCUGCAGGUUGGAAGAUGAGGCUCUGGGCCUUGCAGACAGAGUUCUCAAGCACAGCAGAAUAAGCCCAUACUAGCUGCCACUUCUCUGCAUUCACAGCUUGUGUGCUGUUCUCAAAAGCAGAGCAGAGUGCUCUCUUUGGCAGAGGCUGGAUGGAGUUUUCUGUUAGGAGAAAUUCCCUCUGUGAUACUUGCCUCUGCUGUGCUUCUAGGUCAGAGAGCCACUGAUGCUUGGAUGGGACACCUUUCCCAGGACAGAUCCUAUCAGUUUAGCUCAGGAUGCCCGAACUCUGGCAGAGGACAGUCAGGUUAUUUUCAUGAUCUCUUUUUCACAAAACCAAUGGCCAAAUCCAAACCACUGUCCUCAUUUGACCUUGGAUCUUACCUCUAAACAAAAGCAAUACAGAAACAAGAAGUGGAAGAAUUUAGUAUCACUUUAACUUGUUAAAAUCUAGUCAUGCAUGAGCAGUUGCCUUGCUUGUCUACAGAAGCCAGUCACCUGGCAGUCUCACUUCCUUAAUUCUCCCACACACCAUCUCUUUCCAGACCAAAAGCUGGAAGGAAAGUUGCUUUGAGAGCUUGUCGUUACAAUUACACAUCAUUUUCUUUCCACUGGAAACUUUUCUAAGUCAGUGGGAAUAUUGAGCAACACAACAAACUCUCCUUCUUUUAACUGGGUUCCUGUUAGCCCACUGAAAGAAAGGGGGCUCUGGAGCCAGACUGCCUGGGUUCAGAUACCAACCUGCCACUUACUGUGUGGCCUUGGGCAAAUCACUUUACCUCUCUAAGUCCUGAUUUCCACAUUUGUGAAACAGAGACAAUAUCUAUACCAUAGGAUUACUGGCUAGAACAAAACAAGAUUGUCUAUGGGGAAACACCUGCCAUCUGACAAAAGUAAGUACUCUACAAAUGGAUAUUCUCCAACGUGUCCUUCCUUUCAGGAAGCAAAAGGGCACUGCAAGGUAAAACAUGCCUCCUUGGCAGUGACCAUGGCUUCACAAACAGUGGAAGUGUCAGGAAAACCAUUAGACAGAUCUAAGAACCAAACACAUUCCCACCCUGAGCAGAAAUGGGGGUAUAGAGAGAGUUGUGGCACAGCGAAUGGCUGCUUAGGGGCCCCUAGUCCUGUGGGAUGUGGACCAAGCAUCCCUGGGCAGUUAGGGAAAAUACUUUCCUACAUUAAAAUAGUUUCUGUAACAA